AUUAUGGAGUUCCGUUGCAAAUACAAACGGAUAAUGGGACUCAUUUCACCGGAAAACAGGUGAAGCAAUAUGCCCAGGAUAAUAAUAUCAGUUGGGUAUAUCAUAUGCCCUACUAUCCCCAGGCUGCAGGCUUGGUGGAAAGGAUGAAUGGGUUACUGAAGGGGGCUUUGAAGAAGUUAAAUGGAUCUGAUAAAGAUUUCGGCCAGUGGCGGGAUAAUUUAAGUGCUGCCCUACAGACCCUGAAUAAUAGGCCAAUUACAGAUUCUAUGACGCCCUUAAUGCGAAUGUUGACGCCAAACCUCACUAUACGGAGGACCGAUAUUGUAAAUACGGUAAUUUACUGGAAAACGCAUGAAGAGGCGCGGAUACCUGAACGGGCAACGCCUGAAGCUGCAGGUUUGGAUUUGGGGUCCGUUGAGACACAGUGUCUUCUUCUACUAAGUGGACUCCUUGGCGUCGUUUGGUGGGACGUUGCCGUGGCAGUAACGCCGGGGAUUCCAGUGGAAAUGAGUAAUGAAACUGUGAUGUAUCAUGGCUGGAAGAAAUCAAUAUUCCCAAGGACGCAAGAUAACUUCACAUGUCCAGCUAAUCAAAUAUGUCGAGUGGCCAAUGUCAGUAAUAAGGGGGCUAUACUGUGGUUAGGGCCUCCCGCAGGGAAAGGUUAUGGAGGACCGGUUGGAGGUCACGGACAUCGAUCGAUUUACAUGACCUAUGAGGAGAACCAAUGGUUAAUCGUCUCCUUGGAAGUAAAUAUGAGUUGUUGCAAUUUAACCCAUGAAUGGGUACAUCAGAAUGUGACAGAGCGACUAUUACAGUCAAAGAACUGUACACCAGUGAUUAGUGGCACCUAUAUCAAUGUCUCUACUACGGGGAUGGGGGCGCUAAGCUGCAGAAACGCCUCUGAGAUAACUAACCGAACUUAUUAUAUUUUCCAGGGUGGAGCAUUCUAUUUCCUGGAGCAUGUAACAGCAGAUCCUACCUCUUGGUACUAUUUUUUCCAGAAAAUCUUGGAUCCAACCUGGAAAUACAUAGGAGACGGCUGUAAACUUACUAAGGAAACGUGGAAAUUCCUAGAAAAUGCCGGAUUUUCAGAAGUCAAACUGCGUCAUAUCAUUGCGCCUUUCAAAUGGAGCCCGCCUUCUAAAGCACCUGUGCGCCUGUGA